GGGGUUUAAAGGGCUGAGAGGAGGAGCUGGUUAAAGGCUCUUUAUCAGAAAGUCCUGAUGAUGGGUGACAUGUUUCCUGUCGUGGCUCCUGGAGAAGAAUCUGAGAGCCGAGGAGAAUCAGACGAUGAGAAAGUGACACUCGACAAGAAACGUCGCCCAAAACGUCGCCCACCGAAGCGCCACUACUGUUCCCACUGCGGGAAGAGCUUCUCCCAGAUCGGACACUUCAACGUCCACCUGAACAUUCACACUGGGAAGAAGCCUCACCAGUGCUCCCAAUGCGGGAAGAGCUUCAGGACCAGUAACCAGCUGUCUGAGCACCUGCACACACACGGCGAGGAGAGGCCCCAUCGGUGCGGCCGCUGCGGGAAAGGCUUCAUGCGGCCGGGACGACUCCGGGCUCACGAGAGGAUUCACACCGGAGAGAGGCCGCACCGCUGCUCCGAGUGCGGGAAAGGCUUCAAAUCCACAGAGGAACUGAAAAUCCACCUGCGCAUUCACUCCGGACUCAAAUCCCACUUCUGCUUCUGGUGCGGGAAGGGAUUCGGCCGGAGUGAACAUCUGAAAAAGCACACGCUCAUCCACACUGGAGAGAAACCCCACUUCUGCUCCCAGUGUGGCAGGAGGUUCUCUCGCUCGGACCACUUAAAAAAACACAUGGAAGUCCAUGACAAGGGAGGGAACGAGCCGGAGCGGAGCGGAGUGGGCAGAGUGUUUCAGUGCUGAAUGUAACUUGGUAUCUGUUUGACUGCAAGUGUAGUUUAUUAAAUAUUGUAGAAAAUAAAAAGCUUACGCUGCUAAAGCACAGCGCGACUUGA